GCAUGAUCAAUGCACGUUCUGACUUUCCAGUGUUCGUAUAGUUAUUUUUCUCUAAUUUGGUUACGUUAAUGAAAUGAUAUUCGUUUUUUCGAAAAGUGGUAAAUGGUGAAGUUAAAUGUGCUUACGUGUUAGUUUCAGAAGAGUGAUGACUCACGCUAUUCUCAAUUUUGAUAUACGACCUCAAAGGUUCAUGAUUCGCGACAUUCCUGUAAACAGCGACCGAAUCAUUUGUCCGUGGUUGUCUAGAACUCAAUCAUGACUUAUCCAACUAGAAAAAUGACGUCGAAAUUUAGAUUGUAUGGUUUACAGUUCACUUUGUUAGAAGAAAGUGCACAGGUAAAAGGUGUAAUUGGCUUGAUUAUCUAUCUUCAGGAAGUCCAUUCACUUUCGUUUAUUGUAAAAACUGACUAGACAGCAUCACACCACGCAAUUGAAAUAUACUGUAAAUCAUUUAUGACCCAAAAUUAAAAAUAUUUAUAUUUCUCAAUCAUACAGUCAACAUAUGUAUCAGCGAUCAUUCUUUGUAAGACUAGUAAAUCUUAAAACACCCUUGAUGAUGACAUCAGUUCAUAGCAAUGUUGAUGUCAUAUGCAUAUCCUGUCACAAGGUAGUCACGAGACUUAAGCUUAACUGCGACUUCACAAACCUAUCCUUUUAUGGUUGAAACUGAUAGCAUAAGGUUUGUAUCGUAACAUGUAACAAAAUUGGACUUGGGCGCACGACUGUUUUAGUUAAGUGUCGGCGAUUGUUGAGUCGUCUAAACUUAGGUUGCCAAUGAAGCUAACAAAAAAUACAAAAUUAAAGCAUGUCGACCUAGCAUAGAUCUUUAAUGAAAGAUACCGUAUUUUCAAGUCAUAUAUGGGUGAAGGGAUCUGCCGUGUCGGAGGAGACUUUCCGUGCAAAUCAGAACAGAUACACUGGAAUGGCACAACUCAGAAAAAAUACAAAUGCGUAGAUUGUCCUGACUGUCCCGUGGGAUCAGAGAUUUCUGUGCCAUGUGGUACAUCAGUGAAAUACGGGACACCCAUUCAUUGCGUUUCGUGCCAACUGGGUAAAACAUACUCAGAAAAAUAUGACAAAGCGCAGUGCAAAGCAUGCACAAUAUGCUCUACAGGGAAAGCACUGGUCAAGAACUGCACCCUGGUCUCGAACACUCGGUGCAGCACAGAGUGCCAGAAAGGCUUUUAUUCUUUUCCGUUUAGUUUUGCCUGUUGGCCUUGCUCGGAUUGUUGCCAUGAUGGUAAAGAUGAGCUUCCAAAAGAGUGCAGCGGAAAUUAUCUGAAGAAGUGCAAAAUGCGUUCGUCGCCCUGUAGUUAUGUGCGCAGCACAAAUACCCCGGCCACAACUGCCAAGUGGAUUCCCUGGGCUCCCACACAGAUGUCAUUGCAAAGAGGUACACCGACACCCUUUCCAACCAAGGAAGGAGAAAAGGUUACAUCGCCAGCAUUUUCCACUUACUCAGUCGAAUUUCCUAGAUCUAGGAUCGACCAAUCCAUAACCACCACCAAAUCGACAAAGUCUCCGAAAGAGGGGAGUGGAAAUGAAGUGCUCCUUAUUCUUUCCGGAGUAGGCGUAGCGCUUGGAAUUACAUUCCUGUUUGCACUAACAGUGGUAAUGGCUCGUCAUGGAUGGUUCUGCAGGCCUUGUUUCCUCAGGUGGGGAAAAUCGGAGAAUUCAGUCGAGUUUCCACCGGCGCAAAUCGAAGUGAAGCCAGCUUCAUCACAAGAGGAACUCAGGCCCGACGAUGUAACCUUGGAGGAGCUGGAAGAAAACAACUUGGAUUUGUUGGAUUGGGUUUGCACCCGGCUUGAUAACGGAAAAUCAGGUUUCCGGCAAGACUACGAGCGCUUGGCUGCUAAAUACAAACUAAUUUCCCCGGAAGUACGAAAAUCCUUGAAAAAUGAGUUUAAAAGUGAAGGUGGAAGCCCCUCCAAGAGGCUGAUGAACCAGCUGCAAACUUUGUACCCCAGCUAUCCUAUUCGUUGUCUUGUAAGGAUGCUGAAAGAGAUCGGAAGAAAUGAUAUAGCACAAAAACUAAGACCCUACAUAAGGAAAAAUGCGGAAAACUAAUAUUAGCGAAUUGAUGACUUUCAGGGAGCCCAGCAAUAAAAUUAGCAAAGCUUUUCAUAGGCUCUCUCAAGCGAUAAUUAAUGGAAAGUGAUGCUAGACUUGCUUUACAUCAGACAACUUUUACAAGUAUGUGGGAUUCAUAGCUGAAUUGCAGCUAUUUGUGUUGAAGAAGACUGACUGCGUGAAUGAUUUGAUUCGUAUAAAUCUCUCUUUUUUUAAGGCCGGGUUUCCUUCUAAAUGAGCUAAAUUGUCCACUUCACAAGUGUUUUGGAUAAUGUUGUUGGGUUGUAAGAAAAGGUUACACUUUGAUCACACGCUGAAUUCAAAGAUCUCGCCCACUGGAUUGUAAAGAAGUAAAGAAGUUUAAAAAAAUUCAUUAUUUAAAGAACAAGAUAAUAUCCACAAUUUAUAUUUAGUCUCUUUGUACUAAUUCUGUUUAUCUGCUGGUUAACAAGGGACAGGUAAAAUGUUCCUAGAAUUAAAGAAUAAUCAUAUUUUAUUCUGAAA